AUGAUUACAGGUGGAAACCUACAAGACAGUAAAGAUGCACUGCAUUUGGCACAAACAAAUGGUAUCUUCAUAUUACUUUUACCAAAAAAAAUAGGAAUUAAGUAAUUUUGAAGAAGUCUUUCUGAAAACUGCCUCAGAUCUGUUUUUCAGUACCGUUGGAUGUCAUCCUACAAGAUGUGGUGAAUUUGAAAAGAAUAACCCUGAUCUUUACUUAAAGGAGUUGCUAAAUCUUGCCGAAAGCAAUAAAGGGAAAGUUGUGGCAAUAGGAGAAUGUGGACUUGAUUUUGACCGACUACAGUUUUGUCCCAAAGAUACUCAACUCAAAUAUUUUGAAAAACAGUUUGAACUGUCAGAACAAACAAAAUUACCAAUGUUUCUUCACUGCCGAAACUCACAUGCUGAAUUUUUGGACAUAAUGAAAAGAAAUAGAGAUCGAUGUGUAGGGGGAGUGGUGCAUUCAUUUGAUGGUACUAAGGAAGCAGCAGCUGCUUUGAUUGACUUGGACCUUUAUAUAGGAUUUAAUGGUUGCUCACUGAAAACUGAAGCUAAUUUGGAAGUUUUGAAGUCAAUUCCUAGUGAAAAAUUAAUGAUCGAGACAGAUGCACCGUGGUGCGGAGUCAAAAGUACACAUGCUGGAUCAAAAUACAUAAAAACUGCAUUUCCUACCAAAAAGAAGUGGGAAAGUGGGCACUGCUUAAAAGACAGAAAUGAACCCUGCCAUAUAAUUCAAAUAUUGGAGAUAAUGUCAGCAGUGAGAGAUGAGGAUCCACUGGAAUUAGCGAAUACACUAUAUAACAAUACUAUUAAAGUAUUUUUUCCUGGAAUAUAAUCGGCAUAUGUCUUCCACUUUCCAUCAUGUAUGCAAAAUUUCAUAGUAAAACUUACUGAUAGUUUCAAUAAAGAAAUUACCUGGAAGUUGUCUAAAGAAAUACCAUGUAUCAGUAAACACCAUUCCCCACCAUUCCCCUUCUUUUUCUCAUAAAAUCAAAUCAGGAUGUUUUUAUAUCAUUGAAUACCUUAUUUAUUGUUUAAAACAAUAAACAAUAAUACCUUAUUGUUUAAAACAAUAAAAACUUUUGUAAUAUCUUCAAAACAAUGAAAAGAUAAUUUUAUGACAAUACUGUAGACACAGAAUGGCUAACAAACCAAUUUUACAUUAAAAAAAAUAGCACAUUCUGAUUUACAUCAAAGUUUAGCCGAUAGUUUAUUUCUCAGCCCUCAGUCUGUGAAUCAUGACUUUCAGACUCAGCUCAAUUACACUGCUACUCAACUUUCAGAAAAGUUCUUCAGUUGCUUCUGGCAAGCUCAUUUUUUCUUUAGUUUUGAAAUACUCUCUCAUGUCCUUUAUCCUCUGGUCAAAUUAUUUUAUUUAUUUCCUUGACUUUAAUGCGGUUUCCUGAUUUGUAUUUUUCAUUCUCCCACCCAUUCUAAAGAAAAACUGAGGUCCAAAGUUAGAUACACUAUAUAAUCUCAUUAAGAAUCUUUGGCACAGUUGACGCACCACAUGCAUUACAUCUAUUAAAAAGCUAUUUGUUCAAAUUUUGUCAUAAAAAUGUGAAAACAUUUUAUUCUAUGUACAAUAAUGUACACAAAUUUAAACAGGUCACCAAAGAGACCAGAAGUAAUUAAAGAGGUAUAUUUACAGUAGCACAUCACAGUAAACGGAAAACCAUUCACAGAUUCAACAUUGAUACUGUUUUUGUGCUUGGUUACACACUGAAGGUGAAGGAUAUUACUCCAUUUUGGAUGAACUGAAUUUUAAACAAAUGCCUCAAUGAUUAAUAAAUGCUAUUUUAAUCAGUCA